GCUGAUAUUCAUUGUCGAUUCACCGUCCUCCUCAGUUCUCACAGGAGAUCCGAGUCCAAUGGCCAUCUCAACCCUACAGAGGCUGUCGUCGCAGAUCCACCGUCUCCCUUCCCGGGCCAUCCUCCUCCGUUCAUCCACCACCCUCUCCUCCCCCACCCCCUCCGGUGGCUCCAAGAAGGUCUCCGAUCGCGUCGUCAAGCUCUUCGCGAUCGACCUCGACGGGAAGAAGCGCGAGGUCAUCGGCCUCUCCGGCCAGACUCUCCUCAAGGCCCUCACCAACUGCGGCCUCAUCGACCCCGCCUCCCACCGCCUCGAGGAGAUCGAAGCCUGCUCCGCCGAGUGUGAGGUCAACAUCGCCCAGGAAUGGUUCAAUAGGCUGCCCCCGAGGUCCUAUGACGAGGAGUACGUCCUCAAGCGCAACUCCAGGGCUAGGGUCCUGAACAAGCACUCCCGGCUAGGUUGCCAGGUCGUCCUCACCCCCGACCUCCAAGGUAUGGUCGUCGCCGUCCCUGAACCCAAGCCUUGGGAUAUCCCGUAAAUUAGGGUUCCUCCUGUGAGACCUGGUAGUAAUUCUGAGUGACUUUCAUGCUCUUUAGCAGAAAUAAAUCGCACAUCUUUUCCUGCCCUGAAUUGGAUUCUGUUGCAUUUCCUGUUGCUUCGUGAUUGGGACGGUGGUGUUGUCAGAAGGUUGUUGAUGAAUCUAAACACUGCUAUAUCUAAAUUUUGGCUCAAUUAAGCA